AUGACGGACUUUCACAUCCUCCCUUACCCGCUCCCCGAGGCAGUCUCAGCCCACGAGAAGAGAGACAUUGUAUGCUAUUCCAGUGGAAGAUGCUACGAACGUAGUUCGUGGUACUACUGGGGCCGCUGGGUCCUCGCCGCUGUCGUCGUGGGAGUCGCAGUCCUCAUCCUCGUCAUACUAGGAUGCAUGAGCUCCCGCCGUCGCAGAAAGCGCGGCAUGGCCCCCCUCUACGGCACCGGCUGGAUGAGCAACAACGGAAAGUACCAGCCUGGCCAGGGAACCUACGCGCACAACCAGCCGUACAACCCCCAGCAGGGCGGCUACGCCGGCUACGGCCAGCAGCCGUACGCGAACCCGCCCCCGGCCUACGGACAGCAGCAGCCGCAGUACACCGGCACCACGUUCAACCCCAACGACGGAUACUACGGCAACAACAACGAGGGCAUCCAGCUGCAGCAGCCGCAACACGCCUACCAGCGCGACGGAAGCUACGCGCCCCCCGCGGGCCCUCCUCCGGGAAAGUAG